UUUUUACUUUCUUUUCCUUUUGUCGUCCGUGCAUCGUAAUUCGUAAAUUAUUUGGUGCGUGCAUUUAAUUAAUUUUUUAACUAAUUGUCCUUCCAUUAAAUCGCCAAUUAUGGAGGGUGGCUACGUAACCGAGAUUCCUUCCUACCUGAAGCAACUGGCUCGUCUUAUUGCUCGUGCAUUCUUCCAAAUCGAGGAUUCUCUCGUUAUCGACAUGCUCGUGCGGAAUGUUUGCAUGAAAGAGAAGGAGAUUGAAGACUUGUUAAAAUUUGACACGAAACUUCUCCGAGCACGGUUGGGAACGUUAAAGAGCGAAAAAUUUGUGCAUACCAGACUCCGAAUGGAAACCGGUCCUGACGGCAAGGCGCAGAAGGUCAACUAUUAUUUCAUCAACUAUAAGACCUUGGUUAACGUUAUCAAGUACAAGUUGGAUCAUAUGCGGAAGAAGAUGGAGACGCAGGAGAGGGACGCUACGAAUCGGGCCUCUUUCAAGUGUACCAAUUGUGAUAAGACUUUUACAGACUUGGAAGCUGGGGAAUUGUUUGAUUCAAUGACGGGAAAUUUUUACUGUACUUUUUGUCGCCAAUUGGUCGAAGAGGAUGAGUCGUCGUCAGUACCAAAGGAUUCGAGAUUGCUGUUAGCGAGAUUCAAUGAACAAUUAGAAAUAAUUUUCGAUCUGUUACGUAAAGCAGAAAAUAUCAAAUUGGCUCCAGAACUGCUUGAUCCUGAACCUCCGAGAAACUUUAACGAUCCCAGUGACUCUGGCCGUGAUUCUGGGCGAAAUGACCGGGGCGGAAUGUGGUCGGGAGAGGCGACCCGUUCAUCUGGAGGAAAUGAUCAGACUCGGAUUGACAUUACUAUUGGGGACGAUUCUGCCAAUAAGCCUAAAGAAUUGAGAAAGGAGAGACCCGUCUGGUUGAGGGAGUCUACCAUUGGGGGCGAUUAUGCAGGAAGUUCCAGCGCGACAACUUCCUCCGCCUCCACGUCAGAAGCCGGACCUUCAGAGAAGUCGGGUGCCCGCGAGGACAUCAUGUCUGUACUCCUGGCACAUGAAAAAAUGAGUGGUGGCUCGGCCUCAUCCCAAAAACCGAUUGCCCUUGGAGUUGCUGAUUCAGACUCGGACGACGACGAAGAUCCCGACAACGUCAACAUUCCCAACAAUUUGAAAACUUUGGAUAUCGAUGAUGACGACGAUGUCGGAGUAAUGGAUGAAGACGACGACGAUGAUUCCGUCCCAGUCGUCACGGUUGGGUCGGAGCGAGUCCCGAUUAAUCAGGUCACUCCCGACGUUAUUGCAAAAAUGACUCCGGCCGAAAAGGAGGCUUACGUCCAGCAGUAUCAAGAUUUCUUUAAUGAUUAAAUCCUUAUGCUAAUAAUGGAAUUCUGCAAACAAGACUGAUCUGUCUUAACUGAUUGAUAAUAUUAAUAUUUAACUGUUCAAUGAUUAUCUUUAAUCAUUAUUUAUUUAUUUUGAGUCAUUAUUGCUUUUACUUUUGUGGUAUUUAUCUUUUGAAAUAAACUUUGGUUUAUUUUUUAGCGUUUUACAAAAUGGGGCUAAAUAUUUAAAUACAAAUUGUAUCUGUAGUAUAGCCCACACACAGGGUUGCGGCUGAUAAUUAGUACUAUGAAAUAAAAUUACCACUAAUUAAUCCACAUACUUGAUGGAAUCUAAUUAACGUCAAUGUCACCUGCAUAUAUUACACAAUUUCGAAUUAGUUAUUUAUGCGUAACAUUUGUAAUUUGUUUAAUUUAAUCAAAGUAAAUAGGUCACUGCUGAUGAUCCAAACUAUAUA